AUGUCGACUCAUCCGUUUCUGAUCAUUCCGCAGCUUUUGCUGUCGGUCACCGGCUACCAGAUCAACGUGCCUGCCCCGGACCCAGCUUAUCUCUUCAGUCCUCCGGUCCUACAUGCCUGUGCUGACGUGGCAGCGGUUUCCUUUUUGGCUCCGACGUCAUCAACCACUGCUCAUGCGCCGCCCACAGCACCAGAUGAAGUUCCUACUAGGGUAUUACUGGAGCAACUGCUCGCAACUCAAAAAGAAAUAUCCCAAAACAUUGCCGACAUAAAGAGUGAGCAGCAGUCUACUAAGUCUUGGUGUGCUAGUGUGAAUAGUCGCCUUGGUCUUAUAGAGACAUCUAUUGACGAACUUAGGUCAACCACAAAAAGGGUUGAAGGCUGCGAGUAUGGGUUAGCGGAUGUUGCUAGCACGAUCGGGGAUCUUAAACGAAAGACCGACGACCUUGAAAACAGGAGCAGACGAAACAACCUAAUCAUUCAUGGAAUUAAAUGUGAUGUCAAUGAAACGGCAGAUCAGCUUAAAGAAAAAGUUUGCACGAAUAUAUUUUCUACCAAGCUUCAGGUUGACGUUUCUACUGUCGAGAGGAUCCAUAGACUAGGACGCAAUCAAGGAACUAGACCAAGACCCGUGAUAAUGAGCUUCAGAGAUUACAACGAGAAAAUGAGCAUUCUCACUAAUGCUAAAAAACUAAAGGGGACGGGCGUUUUCAUCAAUGAAGACUACUCCUACGAAUUGCGUCAAAUACGCAAAAAGCUAUGGGACAGCUCGCAGGCUGAUAGAGAUAGGGGUGAUAAAGUAACCCUUUCAUACAACAAGUUAAAGAUAAAUAAUGUAACGUAUCAGUGGGACAACAACUUGCAAAGUCGCGUGCGUCUCAAUCGGCCUCCGAGCCCCCAAGCGGUACAACCUGCAUCGGAUUGACUUCAACCAUCGAAAAAUUCUACUAUAAGGCUUCUGAACAUAAACGCUCGCAGUGUUGUUAACAAGGUCGACGCUCUGGAAGCAACUUUGUAUGCACACG